AUGGUUCUAACGCUCAAAAUCAUUCAAGCGAGUGAAUUAGUUGCGAAAGACUUCAGUGGCACAAGCGACCCCUACGUCAAAAUAUUACUACUGCCCGACAAAAGAAAUAAACUUACGACUAAAGUUAAACGGAAAAACUUGAAUCCAAAAUGGAACGAAACGUUUUUAUUCGAAGGGUUUCCCUACACAAAACUGUUGAACCGAACGUUGUACCUGCAAGUGCUGGACUACGACCGAUUCAGCAGGGACGAUCCGAUCGGUGAGGUUUCCCUACCCCUCUGCGAACUUCAACUUUCGACCACUGGCCAGAUCAUAAAAAUGGAGGCGAACGAAAACAUUUUCUAUUUUCUAAUUUUGUUAAGAAUGUCUUCAUUAACGUUGUUUAAAUGGGCAAGAAAUCUUAAGGCUAAAGAUAUUAACGGCCAAUCAGACCCUUACGUAAAAAUAUGGUUGAUGUUUGAUGGCAAGAGAAUUGAGAAGAGAAAAACUGGAAUAAAAGAAAAAUGUUUGAAUCCAACUUUUGACGAAGAAUUUCCAUUUCUGGUUCCUUACGAAAAAAUCCGCCAGACGAGUUUGUUCAUAUCAGUCAUGGAUUACGACAGAAUGGGACGAAACGAACUAAUUGGUCAGGUUCUACUCGGCAGUAAAAGUGGUCCGAUGGAGAUAAAACAUUGGAACGAGAUGUUCUCAAAAAGUAAAACUGAUGUGAAGAAGUGGCACAUGUUGAAAUCCUUCAGUUGA